AUGGCCCACCUUACAUUGGAUUUGAUCGAGCGCCAGCUGGACAUUAGUAAGGAGAAGGUUAUCGACAUCACAUCACAUCUCCCGCAAAACGUCAACGAAGCUUACGAAAGGAUACUGUGCAGAACCUUUAGCAAAGAAAAGGCAACCAGAAUGUUACAUCUCAUCAUUGCUGCAGACCGCCCUCUUACAGUGGGCGAAAUGAUCGUUGCCCUCGAGCUUCAGCAGCAUCACCAGUCUAUUGAUGAUAUCGAAAUAGAGCCCGAAGGCCGCUUCCGUGAAAAGAUUAGGGACAUCUGCGGAUUGGUCACCGUUAGCGAAUCACGAAUCUUCCUUCUUCAUCAGACUGUCAAGGAGUUUCUGAUUUCCAUAAACCACGCUGAGCCGGCUAGUUUAAGCUGGAAGCACUCAGUACUCGUGCAGGAUCCUAAUUUGACCCUGACUUAUGUCUGCGUCUGGUGUCUUCAAUUAGACCAUUCGACGAAAGGGCGGCAGAGUACCAAUUCAAGGGCCUUGACACAUACCUCAAGAAACUCAUUUUUCAACUAUGCAGCUAAACACUGGGCUAAUCAUUUCAACCGGCUAUCAGUUAGCAAUCAGAAGAAGAUGACAAACUUGGCACUCGAGAUUUGUGACGAUCGAGGUCCUUGCUUCUUGGCUUGGUCCCAAGUUUAUUGGCUAAGUCGGCAUGGCCAGUUCGUUUCAGGGUUCACGACUUUGAUGGCAGCAUCUUACUUUGGACUUGAACCAGUUCUGAGACGCAUCAUCAAGACUCAAUACUCUCAGUUGAACAGAAAAGACGAGACUUACCACAAAUCGGCGUUAUCUUGGGCAGCAGGUAACGGCCACGAUGGUGUUGUGGAACAACUAAUCCGUGGCUUAUCGAUUGGCCCUCGGUCCUUGAAAAUGGUCCUUCGACGAGGGGCCAAUGUCAACGAGUUGGAUUCAGAAAAUCGAACGCCUCUUACUUAUGCUAUCUGGAAUGGACAUCUAUCAGUCGUUCACCGCUUGGUCGAAGCUGGCGCGUGGGUUGACGUGCCCGAUGUCUUGGGAGGAACACCCACCUCGUACGCGGUCACAAGCGGAAAUUCUGGAAUAAAAGCUUUGCUUGUGCGAGGAAAUGUUCCUAGAGAUCCAAAUCAUAAGGAAGGGGGAAAGCUUCUAUUGUCUGCAGCCAAGUAUGGCCACAUCAACGUGGUGAGAGUACUCGUGGAAGCUAAAGAAACAAACAUUAAUCUCAAGGAUGGUGAAGGCUGGACUCCACUGAUGUGGGCUAUCAACUAUAGACAUAACAGAAUCAUCAAGCUUCUCCUGGAGCACAAAGCAGAGGUUAAUAUCAGGGACAGGGCCGGGAUGACACCCCUUCACUUCGCUACCCGAUACGGCCAAUUCGAAGUAGCAAAACUAAUACUGCAAACCGGGCGCGCUGAUGUUAACAUGCCAGAUUUGACUGGGCUGACCCCCUUGCACCAAACUGCUCGUUGGAAACAGGAUGAUAUUGCUCAGUUGAUCCUUAGGACAGGGGUGGCGAACAUCGCUGCCAGAGUACAUGGGAAAGAUCCUGCAUACUCUUGGGUUAUUCGAUACAAUUCUUGCUCGACUCUUAAACUGAUGUUUGAUCUUUAUGAUGAUAACGUUAGCGUUCAAGAUUGUGCAAUGGCGAUCUUUGAGAGUGACAACGAGUGUUUAGACCAGGAGUGGGCCGACAAGCUGAAAGUCUUGCUGAAAUCGAGGAAGAUAGAUAUCAGUAUGUGUGAUGAUAAAGGCGAAAAUAUCUUGCAUAGAGCUGUCACAAAAAGAUCAUAUGAAAUGAUCAAGGAGAUUCUUGCAACAGAAAAAGCGCCUACCAACAGCCGAAAUAGCCGUGGGCUUACGCCUCUCGCACUGGCUUGUUUGACUCUAGACUCGGACGCAGUGUCUCCGUUAUUGGAAGCCGAUUCAGUGGACCUAAACAUAGCCGACAACAAUGGAUAUACACCACUUCAUCACGCUGUUCAGGAGCAUUCAGCUCCCAUUACUAGCGCUCUAAUCGCAACGGGAAAGGCGAGUGUUGACAUGAAGAAUAGAGACGGCCGCACACCACUCUCUUUGGCUUGUCUGAGCGGCAACACAACCUUGGCAAAGUAUUUCCUUCAUAGUCCUCUGGUUAACAUCAACGCCCAGGACAAGUAUGGGAGAACACCUGCUCAUAACUGUGUUUUGAUGGGGGACGUGAAUAUGUUGCGCCUGAUUUUGCGAACAGGUCGAGCGAAUCUCAAUGUGGUGGAUAACCUCUGGCAUACCCCAAUACUGCUUGCUGCUUACCGGUGUCAAUGGCAAAUUGUAUUUCUGUUGCUGAAAUACAAACAGGCCAUUAACAUGAAGGAUCGUAAAGGAAGGACAGUGCUAUUCUGGGCCAUUAUACACCGACAAGCAGAUGUAGUUAGGCUGUUGAUAUCACUAGAGCAAACCGACCUCAAUGUCCGAGAUGAGGAAGGACUUACACCAUUGUCUCAUGCCGCUCAACAAGGGAAUGAAGAGAUAAUCCGGAUCCUAUUUGAUGACCCCUACAUCGAAGUUGAGGUCGAAGAUAAUACCGGCAUGACUGCACUGGGACAUGCUGCAAAAGGGGGGGCAUUUGGGGGCUGUCGAAUUGCUUUUGAAAGAGGGCAACGCAAAGCUAUUAACAAGGGAUGA